UGAGCUUCAAAUUCAAACAGUACCACCUCUACGGCUAAAUCGAUAUCGAUAUCGUCAUCGGACCCAAGUAGAAAGUAUGGUACCCAAGAUCCAAAUUGUAGGACGAAUAUAUCUUGUAAUUUUUGUGGGAAAAUGUGCAAAGGAGGAGUUUAUCGAUUGAAACAACAUUUGAUUGGAGGUUUCAAGAAUGUUGUUGAUUGUACAAAGUGCCCGGCACAUGUACGGGAUGAGAUGUUAACUUACAUGCAACAAAAACAAAUGUCAAAGGUGGAAAAUGUAAUGAACGGAAGGGUUGGAGCUAAUUUUGUGGAUCUUGAUGAUGAGAUUGACGAGGAGGAGGAAGAGUUACAAGGAAAUUCUAAACCUAAAAAACCAAGAGUAAAAGGUUUGAUGAACAUGCAUUAUAACUCAAUUAGAAGUCCAAAGCAACAAACAAUGAAUGAAAUUUGUAAGAAGGAGCUAAGGAAAAAUGCGUGCAAAGAGAUACCAAGGUGGUUUUUAGAUGCGGGUUUGCCAUACAAUGCGGUUAAUUAUGCUAGUCUCUUCAAAGCGAUGGAGGUCGUUGCACAAUUUGGCCCGGGAUUUAAACCACCUAGCAUGUAUGAAUUGAGGGUUCCUUUACUUAAGGAAGAGGUGAAAGAGGUUGACACUUUAGUUGAUGAGCACAAGAAAGAGUGGGCAGUCAAGGGUUGUUCAAUUUUAUCUGAUGGGUGGCGUGAUUCGAUGGUGCAAAAGGAUAUCAUUAACUUUGUGGUCAACUCUCCUAAGGGUUCAAUCUUCAUGAAAUCUCUUGAUGUUUCCAACGUUUCAAAAAAUGCCGAUUUUUUAUUUAAGCUUCUUGUUGCAAUGGUAGAGGAGAUCGGAGAGAAGAAUGUAAUCCAAGUUAUUACGGAUAAUGCAUCGGCUUAUGUUAAAGCGGGGGAGAUGCUAGAAGGCGUUAGGAAGCAUCUUUUUUGGACUUCGUGUGCGGCUCAUUGCCUAGACCUUAUGUUGGAGGAUAUUGGGAAAAAAAUACAAAAGGUCAAGAGUUGCAUAAAGAAAGCAAUGUCUGUGAACGGGUAUAUCUACAACUUUGUGGGUCUAGUGAAUUUGAUGAGAAAGUUCACAAAUAUGAAGAACUUGCAUAGGCCCACGGUUACAAGGUUUGCCACAUCGUUCAUCACGCUUCUUCAAUAUCACAAAAUGAAGAAUAAUUUGAGAAAAAUGGCUACAUCUCAAGAAUGGAUAGAUAGCACGUGGGCUAAGGAUCCAAAAGGCAAAAAAGUGGCUUCCAUCUUAUUGAAUGAAACAUUUUGGAGGAACAUAACUUAUACUCUUAAGUUAGUGGGUCCUAUUGUGAAGGUUCUUCAACUCUGAUAGGAUCGGAGGCUGUCAUGA